UGAUGUUGCUGUUUUACACUCUUAGAACCAAUCGUAAAAGAGUUUGACUCUUAUUAUAUACUGGAGUUCAGCUGUGACUGGGGUGUAAGGGCAGGAAUGAAAAUUGGCAGAAGGAUGGGACAGAUAUCACUAACUCCCCUCUUCGCAAAGCCUAAACUCUACAGAUCUGUAAUUGAAGAUGUAAUUGAAGGAGUGCGGGAUCUAUUUGCUGAAGAAGGUAUAGAGGAACAAGUCUUAAAAGACUUGAAGCAGCUCUGGGAAACAAAGGUUUUGCAGUCUAAAGCAACAGAAGACUUCUUCAGAAAUGGUGUCCAUUCGCCUCUGUUCACCCUUCAGUUGCCACACAGCUUGCACCAAACAUUGCAAUCAUCAACAGCAUCAUUACUUAUUCCUGCUGGUAAAACUCUUCCCACUUUUACCACAGCAGAACUGGGCACCUCAAACUCCAGUGCAAACUUUACUUUUCCUGGUUAUCCUGUUCAUGUACCAGCAGGCGUGACACUACAGACAGCAUCUGGUCACCUUUAUAAAGUUAAUGUACCAAUUAUGGUGACACAGACUUCUGGAAGAGCAAGUAUUCUUCAGUAUCCAUUUCAGCAAGUAUUUCAGCAGCUUGGGCAGCCUUCAAUAAUACAGACCAGUAUUCCACAAUUAAACCCAUACUGUCUUCAAGCAACUACUGAAAAAUCACAGAGAAUGAAAACUGUGCUCCAACAACCUGUAGUUUUUCGUUCUGGGACAGUGGAUAGGAAACAUUUAGAAUAUGCUACUGGUGAUACUCUUAUACAUCCUGGAAAUGAGCAUAAAAUCAUGUCUGAAGCUUUAUUGAGUCAGCUGGAAAACUCUCAGUAUAUCAGCCUUUCAGGUGUUGUAUAUCCUCCACAGAUCUCUCAAAUGGAUUCUAAUGUGGAGCCAGUGCUCAGCGUUUCAGCUAGCAUGACUCAAAAUCUGCAUGGUGGGCCCCUGUCCACAGGCCCUCAGGGGGCUCAGCACCAGCACAGGCCUGAUGUUCAGCUUAUUGUUCUUAAAAAUAGGAUGUGUGGAUGUGAUUCUGUAAAGCAGCCAAGAAAUACAGAGGAGCCCAGCAGCCUACCUGUCUCAGAGAAGGAUUCUAAUUCUCAGAUGGAUUUAAGCGUUCAGGUAACUGAUGAUGAUAUUAAUGAGAUAAUUCAAGUAGAUGGAACUGGAGAUACAUCUUCCAGUGAUGAAAUAGGAAGUACAAGAGAUGUAGAUGAGAACAAAUUUCUAGGAAUUACUGAUGCAGGAGACCUGAAGGUACUUGAAGAAGCCAGCAGUAUAUCAAAUGAAGAUUCAACGGCCAACAGUAGUGAUAAUGAAGACCCUCAAGUAGACCUUGUGGAAGAGGACCCUUUAAAUUCUGGGGAUGAUGUUAGUGAGCAGGAUGUGCUGGACCUGUUUGACACAGAUAAUGUAAUUGUCUGUCAGUAUGAAAAGAUUCAUCGAAGCAAGAACAAAUGGAAAUUCUAUUUGAAAGAUGGUGUUAUGUGUUUUGGAGGGAGAGACUAUGUAUUUGCAAAAGCCAUUGGUGAUGCAGAGUGGUAAAACUGAUGAGCUCAGUACAUCAUUAAGAUCAGUGGGACUAUAUCACAUGUUGUUCACUGCAUGGAAUUUAAUAAAAUUAUAAUUCAGAUGCAGAUACAAAUAUACAGUUUUACAUUUCUUUCAU